AUGCUUGGGAGUUUGAUAGGUUGGCCAUUGAAGCUCACAGAGUUUCGUGAAUUUGGGGACGACCUUCAAAUAUGGGGGAUUUGCCUGAGAUAUCCAUCGCUAACUCCAGGAAGUUUUAUGUUGAAAUCGCGUGCUCCGGUGAUGGUUAUCGCCACUUCUAAUUCCCCGGAGAGAUGGGCACACCAUUUCUUCUUCAUUUUUAUGGAUGCCUGGGAAGUUGGAGAGGCUGCUAUUGACGUUUUUCACAGUAGCCCGGGGCUAACAGCUGAUGAGGCCACGAGAGUCUAUACCCUGGGCUAUUUUGAAGUGAUGCCUUUUGGAGGGCUAGUUAUGGCUCACAACCUCACUCGAUUUGGGCUGAGCUCCGCCCCUCAUCUUNUUGGAGGGCUAGUUAUGGCUCACAACCUCACUCGAUUUGGGCUGAGCUCCGCCCCUCCUACUAUACUGGCUAUUGUUCCUGUCUCUAUUCCUCCUAAUCUAGCUAUUAACCUUCCUUUUGAGGAUGAGGAGGAAGAUACUACUACCUCGUUGAGUAAGAGACCUCAUGUUGCCUCCCCUGCUAAGAGGAGGUUUUCUGCUGUCGAGCUUGAGAUGUCAUUUCAGCAGAUCAUGCUAAGGAUUCGGCUCUUUGAAGUUGAGGCAGAGAAAGACAGGUUGACCAGGGAGAAUGCCUGA